AUGAUUAAUUCCGCAAUGAACGAUGAUAUGAUCCUGGUGGAAUGUAGCGAUGAUGAGGCGUACAACCCUGCCGGACUUCCUGAUCGCAAAGUUUGGAUUCCUACGGUGGAAAACAUAAAGUCGAUGUUGGAAAAGAUGAAAAGUGCGGGCGUCGAUGCUCUUUCAGACUUCCCUUUAGAAUCGGACGCGAAGGACAUUUCUUCCGCGACCGGCUACAACACGUUUAGAAGCGGCUUCGAAACCUGUAGCCCAUUUAUGAGUAGAAGCGACGCGUUCAACGCCAGCACCUCAAUGAAUGCGCCCAACGACUCGGCGCAGCGCAACCCUUCUUUGAUCUCCUGGAAACAGAAUUAA